UGUGUUUAGCUUGGUACAGUUCUGGAGGAUCAGAGGAGGGCUGUUGGUAGGAAAUACACUAGAAACCAACAAUGUCUGCUUCUUUAGCUGGAGACACGGAUCUAGUGGAGAAACACGAUGAAAUUUUAGUAAAGAGAUCAGAGCUGCUGGAGCAGAUGGAGAUUUCCAGACAGCAGUUGAAGACACAGAGGAGGCAGCAGGUGAAGGCACGUGAGGCCGCUCACCACAGGAACACCACCCUGCUGCAGGAUUUACAGAAGAUAGAGGAGCGUCUCAGAGUCAGACAGCUGCCCAGCCCAGAUCUCCUCACUCUGGAGACAAGAUACUGGGUCUCUGUGGAAGAGUCUAUCCCAGCCUGGGAGCACUUCCUCCUGGGUAAAGGCCCGCACCCUACUCAUGGUCCAGGACAGCCACCCAGGGGGGCCAAACAGAAACCCAGCACAGCUAAAGACCGGGGCCUGCCUCCUCUGCCAAAACUCAGGACUGCUCGAUAGAUGAGCAGCGGUGCUGAUGGUGCCGCUGUAGCCAGAAGGAUAGCUGUGAUGAUCAUAUGAUGCAGGUGAUGACGGACCUGCUGAUUCCCAGACACCCCUUCAACCAGGGUUAGAGACUUUGGUGAACAAGUUUUUUCUCCUGGUAAUGGAAAUGUAAGGGGUGGUCCGUAGCGUAGUGGGUUACACAGGCGCCCCAUGUAUAGAGGCUACAGUCCUCGCUGCGGUGGAGCCGGGUUCGAAACCGGCCUGAGCUCCCUUUGACGCAUGUCCUCCCCUCUGUCACCCCCUUUCUAUCUGUCUCUCGCUUUCAAUAAAGCAUGUAAAAUGCCAAAAAAAUAAUCUUAAAAAAAUAAGAAAGGGAGAGAGAAGUAAAGCAUACCAGCUGUAGACUGUACCUGGACUCUUCUUUCUUUUUUAAAUUUUUUAAAUUUAAUUUAAUUUUUUUAAAUAUUUUAAAUUUUUUUAUCCCACGAUUUUUGUAACCCAUUUUAUUUAUCACCCAGUUUGUCCUAUUUCAUGAUCCUGGGUGCUACCUCGUCCCUGUCGGCCUGGGGAGAGCCCUGGACUAGCCACAUGCUUCCUCCGAUACACGCAGAGUUAGCAGGCCGCUUCUUGACACCUGACAGGGGGAGAUUCCCCGUUCACGUUAUUCCCACCGGUUCCUCUCCCCCCCAUCAGGCGCCCCAACCGACCAGAGGGAGGCUCUAUAGCAACCAGGAUCAAUGCAUGUUUUUGUGAGAGGUCCCUGUAAGGGGAUCCUCAGGGGACAUGGGGAGAACAUGCAUCCAUUGUUCUCUCCCCUGUCACAUACAAAUGUGAUAGGGAAAUCAACGACUAAUAUGCAGAAAGGUCUGGAACUGUUUCACAAAAGGAGAUGAUGGAAUUGACAAAGUAACACAUUAUACAGGUACAUCUCAAAAAAAUUAUAAUGUCGUGAAAAAGUUCAAUAUUUUUUGUCAGUUAUUUCAGAAAGUGAAACUAUUAUAUAGAUGUAUUAUAUAGAUCCAUUACACAUUGAGUGAAAUAUUUCAAGCCUGUAUUUCUUGUAAUUUUGAUGAUUCCUGUAAACUCAGUAUCUCAGAAAAUUAGAAUAUUGUAAAAAAGUUCAAUAUGUCAGUCCACAGUCAGUGGUGAUUUGGGGCCAUGUCCUCUGUAUGUACAAGGUGUAAUAAGGUUUCAUUUCUUUAGGAAAAUAGGGUCUGAGAAUAUAUGUGUGUUUUUGUUUUGACUUUUUCUUUUGAACAAUUUAUAUACCUGUACUGUAAAUAUCCCGUUUACUGCUGUUUAUAUACAGUUGAAACCAGAAGUUUACAUACACUAUAUAAAAAGACACUGUCUGACAUGAAAUCAGACAAUCAUUUUUCCUGUUUUAGGUCCGUUAGGAUUACUAAAAUUAUUUCUAUUUGCUAAAUGCCAGAAUAAUGAGAGAAGGAUUUUUUUAGACUAUUUUUUAUUACUUUCUUCAAAGUCAGAAGUUUACAUACACUAACAUUAUUAUGCCUUGAAACAAUUUGGGAAAGCCCAGAUGAUGCUGUCAUGUCUUUGGAAGCUUCUGAUAGGUUUAUUGACAACAUUUGAGUUAAUUAGAGACACACCUGUGGAUGUAUUUUAAGGUACACCUGAAACACACUGCUUCUUUGUGUCAAGUCAUGGGAAAGUCAAAAGAAAUCAACUAAGAUAUCAGGAAGAGAAUUGUGGACUUGCACAAGUCUGGUUCAUCCUUGGGUGUAAUUUCCAGAUGCCUGAAGGUGCCACAUUCAUCUGUUCAAAUAAUUAUACCCAAGUAUGAACACCAUGGGAAUGUCCAGCCAUCAUAACGCUCAGGAAGGAGACGGGCUCUGUGUCCCAGAGAUGAACGUGCUUUGGUCCAAAAUGUGCAUAUCAACCCAAGAACAAAAGCAAAAGACCUUGUGAAGAUGCUGGCUGAAGCUGGUAAGAGUGUGUCAUUAUCCAGAGUGAAACGAGUCCUGAGACAUGGGCUGAAAGGCCACUCUGCCAGGAAGAAGCCAUUACUCCAAAAGAAACAUAGAACAGCCAGAUAACAGUUUUGUCAGACCACAGGACAUGUCUCCAAAAAUUAAGGUCUUUGUCCCUGUGUGCAUUUGCAAACUGUAAUCUGGCUUUUGUGAGAAAAAAAGCAUAUGUGUCUUUUUAUAUAGUGUAUGUAAACUUCUGGUUUCAACUGUAUUUAUUUCAUUUAGAUUGUAAAUAAAUUGAAGAUAGUUUGUUUAUUGAUUGUAAUGACAUUUGGGAAUUUGUUGAAGUAAUGUAAAUGCAUUUAUAGAUAAUAGAUAAUAUCUGUAUCGGUCUCAAAGGUCUCGGAUCAACAAGCCUCAUUUUUACAGCCAGGACCUGCUGAUAGCCAUCUAUGUUUCAAACUGAUAAGUUUAGGUUACAACUAGACUUUUAAAAUAGGAACAUGUUUGUGCUUCUAAUGAUCAUAGUUGUUCACUUAUAUGCAACUGUUUUAUUUUGUUUUUCAUUUUUAUGUAAUGAUUAUCUGGAAAUUGUUUGUGUUCAUUUAUUGAAUUUAUUUUGUUUCUGUUCAUAUUUUUUUUUUUGACUGAAUAAACUAUAAAAUGAAGCUCAUGACUUUGCAUAUGCAUUGUUGAAAUGCAUUACAUUUGACUUGUACCGAAACCAGAUGUUGAUUUCUUGAUAUCAGUCUGAUGCAGGAACAGCAUGCAGAAUAAUCUCAUACUGAUAAUAUGAUGCCUGCUGAAAAGUUUCUGAAAAUAACUUUAUUUCUAUUUGAAGUGUUGUUUCUUAACCACUAGAGUGCGCCAGUGUCAUAGAUUUCUUUUAAAAA